CCCCCCCCCCCCCACCACUGCAAUGUAACUUCACAAGAGAUUGAUCUUUGCUUAUUCUGGUUUUCCAUAGCGAGAAUGAAAGACCCUUUUCACCUCGAAUCCCCUUUCUGUCUCUCUCCAUGAUUUUCCCACUAGCUCCUUUGGCUUUUUAUUCUGAUUCUUACACAGAACCCAACUUUUUCCCUUUUCACUGCUACUUAAAUUCACAGGAGUUUGAUCUUUAGCUGAGAAGCCUCAUCAAAUGUAAAAAUUCUUUCUCAUGUCUCCUCACCUCACCUCCAGACUUCCUUUCAUCCCUCCUUUCUUUCUCUCUCCAUGAAUAUAAUCCUUCAGAGAAGCCUCAUAAAAUGGAUGGAGCUUUAGAAUCAGAAGCAAAGAAAUGGGUCAUUGCUGGAAUUCCAUUACUGAGUCCAUUGAAGCCAAUAUUUACAAACACGGCCGACAAUGAAUCAGGCAAGGAUGAGGAAGAAUGCUGCACAACACCAACAGCUGAAGAAGCAAGGAUUCCAAGCAGAUUGGCAUGUCCACCGCCUCCCAGGAAGCAAAAGCCUUCUUCAAGAUGCUAUUGUAGUGGUGCUAGGGAGUUCUUUACUCCACCAGACUUAGAAACUGUAUUCAUACGCCGUGUUGAGAAGGCCUGAUUUAGUUAUCAGGAGGCCACUUCCACCUUUGUUCUGCACUUUUCUUUUUCCCCCUAGAAAGGUUCUGAUCCAAUUCUCUCUCCUUCUAGCUCUUUGUAGUUGCCAGGAGUCCAUGUACAUGGCUUCACAGAUAAAUAAAUGGGCAGUUUAGCUAACUUCAUUUAUUUCCUUCAAAACUUGUGUUUCUACAAACCACACGGUUUGGUUAAGGGUUGAAUUUGGGAUAGUGUAAACUUGUAUAUUCUAAGUUUGGUUAAGAGUUGAAUUUGGG